GCUGACUGCCGGGCUGCGCGAGCCUGGGGGCCCCGGGCAGCCUGGCGAUGACCUGAUCCCGAGCCCGCCAGGGCGCCCCCUCCUUCCCUCCUUCCCUCGCUCCCUCUGAGCCUGUGCGGAGAGCGGCUUGGUGCGGCGGCCCCGGGCGGACCAUGGCGGGGAGCUCCAGUUAAAGGCGUGUGGGCGCCGAGCUGGAGAGGACACCUUCGGCAUCGCUGCCUUUUGAGGGGGCUUAUUUAAACUACUGAGUCAUUCCAGAUUUAGGAUUCCCUAAAUAAUCACCAACUGUGCCCGUCUUGUGCCAGAAAGAAAGCGGAAAGAGAAAGAGCGCCCGCUCUUGGGACCCCGCGUAUCCGCGGCGCUCGCCUCGCCUCUCGCGGGUUUCUCCCGGAGGGGUGCUUGGCCCUCGAGGAUCUCCCUCCCUCCCUCCCUCCUUCCCUCCCUCCCUCCCUCCUUACCCUUCCCUCCCUCCCGCCCCCCCCCCCUCGCCUCGCCUCCCGCUCUCUUUGCAGCGCUGCUGGCGGGGAGUCGCGCUCACCGCAGCUGGAAACAGCUGUCCCCGACUGGCGCCCCUACCCCGACUCCGGCUAACCGCUCACACUUCGCGCCUCUCGGAAUUCCAGAACUCGGGCGGCGGGCGCCCGGGAGAACCGCAGCCGGGGCGAUGCAUUCCGUAGACCUCACCCAGCCGGGACGGACCUCCUAAUCUUCAGAACUGCGGGCCGCAGGGAGUUAAAUUGCUGCCUUCCUCUCCUCUCUUGCGGUUGGUGGCUUGUUUUCUAAAGGAACGUUUUAUUCACUUUUUAGUAUUUUCUACCGGGGGCACGCUACCCGCCUCGGUCCUGACUCUGCUUUGUAAACGGGUUUUAUAUGUAUAUGUGUAGCUAUACUUUGGACACCUUACAACGCUUGCGCCUCUCCAACAGGGGCACGGCUUUUUGUUUUGGACAACCUUCUUCCCCUUCCACUUGGUACUCCGAUCGCAGUGUGACCAAACUCCCCACUGCCCCUUGGACACGGAUCGCGUUGGGGUGCAAGUUCGGGGUGCAAGAGUCUAGUUAACAGGAAGGCCUGGGACCGCCCCGCCCCCGCCGCCAGCGGUUGGGGAAGUUUACAUCUGGAUUUUCACACAUUUUUGUCGCCACUGCCCAGACUGCCUAACCUUGUGGGCGCCGGGUUUUCGGUACUGCAGCCUUCUCAAAUAUUAGCACUGCCUCCCCGCGCCUGCCCUGUCCCUCCAGGCCGCCAAGGUCCUGCCCUCGCCCCGGCGGAGCGUGAUCCCGAGGGCGCAGUGGAGCCCGGGGCCUGGGGCCCACGCUGAGCAGCUAUGGCUGCAGCGAUAGCCAGCUCCUUGAUCCGGCAGAAGCGACAGGCGAGGGAGUCCAACAGCGACCGGGUGUCGGCCUCCAAGCGCCGUUCCAGCCCCAGCAAAGACGGGCGCUCCCUGUGCGAGAGGCACGUCCUCGGGGUAUUCAGCAAAGUGCGCUUCUGCAGCGGCCGCAAGAGGCCAGUGAGGAGGAGACCAGAACCCCAGCUGAAAGGAAUUGUGACAAGGUUAUUCAGCCAGCAGGGAUAUUUUCUGCAGAUGCACCCAGAUGGUACCAUUGACGGGACCAAGGACGAGAACAGCGACUACACCCUCUUCAAUCUAAUUCCUGUGGGCCUGCGUGUGGUGGCCAUCCAAGGGGUGAAGGCCAGCCUCUAUGUGGCCAUGAACGGUGAAGGCUAUCUGUACAGCUCAGAUGUUUUCACUCCAGAGUGCAAAUUUAAGGAGUCUGUGUUUGAAAACUACUAUGUGAUCUAUUCCUCCACACUGUACCGUCAGCAAGAAUCAGGCCGAGCAUGGUUUCUGGGACUCAAUAAAGAAGGUCAGAUUAUGAAGGGGAACAGAGUGAAGAAAACCAAGCCCUCAUCACAUUUUGUACCAAAACCUAUUGAAGUGUGUAUGUACAGAGAGCCAUCACUACAUGAAAUUGGAGAAAAACAAGGGCGUUCGAGGAAAAGUUCUGGAACACCAACCAUGAAUGGAGGCAAAGUUGUGAAUCAAGAUUCAACAUAGCUGAGAACUCUUCCCUUCGACCCUCUCUCAUUCCUUCCCUUUCUCCCUCUGCCCUUUACCCAUUUCCUUCCAAUAAAUCCACCCAAGGAGAAGAAAAUAAAAUGGCAACCCAGGACCUAGUGGCUAAGAUUCUGCACUCAAAAUCUUCCUUUGUGUAGGACCAGAAAAUUGAACCAAAGCUUGCCUGUUGCAAUGUGGUAGAAAAUGCACAUGCACAAAGAUUAGCACACAUAAAAGCAGAAGAAAAAAUAAAUCAAGACUCCACAAGCAUUAAAAUAAACUGUGUUGUUAUUAACAGAGGGCUAAUUGUAAUGAAGACUUUACUGUAAUAAAGAUGAAAUAAAGUUAUUACCUUAAAGCAAA